AUGGGGGAAGAAGGGAGCGCGUGCAGCAGGGGUCAUCGCCCCUCCCUGGCCGUAAAGACGUCCGAAGGAGGGAGCAUCUGCCUGGUUUGUUUCUGCAACCUCAUCUCCUGCCCCAACUCUCCUUCCGUCCACGUCUCUUACGCUAUCUCCCAGAUUGCCCAAGCCCUCGGCGACCCCCUCUUCCUGCACGCCCUGCGCCAGUUCCACGCUCAUUUCCUCGUCGCCCCGCUUGUCGACUCUCUCUCCUUCCGAUCCGAUGAGGAGAUCGGUCGGCAGACGAUCGAGCUGAUCGCCGAUCUCUCCGCGGUCGAUGGAGCUGUCGCUCGUGAUUUUAUCGCGAGAAUCGCCGACCGGCUGAGUUCUGGCGAGUUAGGUUUGGGCCGUUGCCAUAUAUUCACGCUUCAUUGCUUUGGAAUGCUUCUGGAUCGCCACGCCGACGAAAAUCCCUCUAACUGCAUCAAAGUCAAGGAGGCUCUCGUAUCGAACCUUGUUGUUGGCCUUCAUCUGCCGAGUGAGGAGAUACGUGGAGAGAUCUUGUUUGUUCUUUAUAAGCUUUCAAUCCCACACUAUGCAGAUGAUGAUGAGCUUUUCUUCCGUUUCUGCCCCAGACUGUUGUAUUUAGCUGUGGAAGCCCUUCUCAAAACACAGAAUGACGUAGUCAGGAUUAACUCCUUAGCUCUGCUUACGGUACUGGCUCGCAAGGGACACUUCAAGGAUUCGUUUGAUGAUGACAAAAUGAGCAACAACGAGAAGUCUGACAACUUCACGCAGGCUGAGUGCUCAGCAGAGAGCUCCCUCCUCUCGUUGUUCGCCGACGCUGUCAAAGGCCCAUUGCUUUCUUCCGAUACCCAAGUUCAAAUACGAACCCUAGAUCUGAUAUUCCAUUCUCUCUCACCAGCAAUUGAUUUUUCCAGACAGAUAGGCGCCCUGCUUGAAAAAGACGUCGCCGACUACGUGUUUGAGAUUCUCAGGUUGGCAGCGGAUAAUGAUCCUCUUCUUCAAGCCUGCGUUCGAGUUCUUGGUCUUUUGGCAACGGCUGAACAAGCAUUCAGACAGAGGCUUGCUAUGGGAUUCACCACACUAGUUCGAGUCCUUCGAUACGUCGCGGAAAUUCCCUUCCAUCCUGCUCAAUCUCAAGUAUUGAGACUGGUGCUUACGGCCAUAUCCAACUCUCCUGGAGUUGUAUCAAGAUCUCAAGUAGAAGAACUGUCUACUAUCGCGACAGGAAUGUUCAAGAGGCACAGCAAUGGCCAAAUGGGCAUGCUACGAGAAACCUUCUGUACAUUGUGCUCUACCUUCGGGCUCCUUCUAGAAGCAUCGUCUUCUCGCGGGAUACCAAAUUUGCCAGCAUUGGUAGUGGAGGCACUGAGGCAUGCAGUCUUAUCUUCACUAAAUCUGCCUUCGAGGAGUGACGAUCAACUUCUAUAUGCUCUGCACUUUGUCAAGGAAUCGUAUUCAUAUUGGCUAAAAAAUCAUGAAGCUGAUCCAGACGUGAUGGAGAUGAGAGAGGGUCUUCUAGAAUUAUGUGAAAACCACAUCUUACCUAGUCUACAAAGGUUCGUAGAGGAAGUCGAAGAGCAGGACAUAGUGGUGGGAAUAUUGGAGAUAUUUCAUUUGGUGCUUCAACAACAUGAUAACCAAAGUGUAAAGUUUGCAGGUUCAUUAGCAACAUCAGCUUUGUUUCAUUUAGCAUUUGGAUGCUUGGGCCUCUAUCCAUCUGUACAGAUCAAAGAGCGCGUCUAUUUGUUGCUCGGGUUGGUUGCUGAGAGGCUUUUAGGAUGUGAGAAUGGAAAAUCUAUUUCCGAAACUGCCAUCGAUCUCCCAUCGGAUCCCUUGGAUCUACUAUUUCUUCUUGGCCAGAAGAGCUCAAAUGAUUCUAGCUUGAUUCGCUCUCAAUCUGCAGCCUUUUUGAUACUAUAUAUGAGCUCUUUAUAUAAUGCGCGAAUUGCAGACGACAAACAGAUUUUGGCCUCUCUGGAGCAAUAUCUUCUCGUUAAUAGUUUCAAUAUCUCAAACGGGUUGGCCGGUUCUUUAACAUUGACACAGUUGAUACAUUUAUAUAGUCUAUCCAGAGUUGCUGGAAAUGAAUAUCAAACUCCUUAUUGCAUUGAAGCAGAAAAGAUCCUGUUCCAGCUAAUGAAUAGAACGAACUGGGAUUUGUUUUUUCCUAGAAUACAUAAAGCAGCUAUUACAUGGUUGUUUCAGCAAGAUGGUCUUACUAUUCCCUUGUCACAGCAAUUGCUGAACUCAUGCAGGCGAUAUAAUAGAUUACAUGCUAUUGAUCGUGGGAGCAUAGAUGAGAUGUCGGAGGUUCAUAUUAUCGGAGAACUGGUAAAGUCAGGAGAUAAUUCUGCGGCAAGAUUGCUUGUCUUUCUGGUAAAGCGGCUGGUGGAAUUAAACCAAGAAGAUGAAGCUACUGCAGUAAUUGAUGUCAUGACAGCAAUCAUUAACAUGUUUCCCUUUGCUUCAAACCAGUUUCUUCUAAAUGGAAUUGGUGAUUCAAUCCACAAUGUGUACCAUGCAGCUGAUUUCUCACCAAGGAUCUUAUUAAGCUGUUCACUUCUGUUUUUCAAUCUUCUGCGCCCUGCAAAUCCUCAAUUACUUUCAGAUCAAACAGCCUGGCUUUCAAUAACAAUCAAGUUAAUAAGCUUUUUGGCACCUACACUAGCUAUUAACAAGUGCAACCACGAAGGGCACUUGAUUAUUAGUAUUCUUAGUCUGAUAUUAUACCAUUCGGAAAACCAGGCUUUGAAGGAGGCUUCAACAGCAAUUAUUUUUAAUUCCACCUUGGCUUCUUCGAUGCACGCAAUUGUACAGCACGCUUGUUCGAGAGGUCCUGCUUUAAUGGACCAUGAUGAAGAGACUAGUACAGGGAAAACUACGCUCCUUGUGCUUUUCAUGUGUUACUUCUCCUUAAGAAGGCUAGUCAUGAACACUCCAGACAGUUGUAGAUGGCAAGAUUACCUUCCGACAAUCAGCACCACCUCUGCACUCAAACUGCCAUGCAUAAAUUGCCAAGAUAUCUGCAGGCUGAUACACUUUGGUUCUUCUUCAAUGAAGCUUGUGGCGUCUCACUAUCUGUUGGAAUUGCUCAUUAAGAUUUCAGAGGAGAAGAGAAGCAACCCCCAUGAGAUCAAAUGCUCAGUUGAAUACUUGCAAUCUUUGAUCGCUCUGCUGCAAGGGCUUGUAUUUUACAGCGAUAUCAGAGUAGCAAUGAACUGUGCUCUAUGUCUUUCCAUGAUCCUAGGUUGGGAAAAUUUUGGUUGGCAUGAGAAACAAGCGAUUAACAAGGACAAAUGGUGCAGGGUCAUCAUGGAGGAACUAGCACUAUUAUUGGGAACCCCUAGUUUGGCAUCAAAGACGUUCACCAAUCAAUACAAACCAGCUGUUUACAUAGCGGCAGCUUUACUUAAGUCAGAACCGACGCCUAGGUGGAUAAAAUCAGUAUUUGAUAAUGCUUGCAUUUCAGUUAUAAUCAACAAUCUCUCUUCCAUUAAUAUAAGUGUUGAGAUUGUGCAGUUGUUUCGAGAACUAGCAAGGUCUGGAUAUCUGAACCAGGAGCAUAUCAACCGUCUUCACCAUGUGUUUCAGGCAUGCAGGCAGCAUGUUUACUUGGAGAUAAAGAAAAAAAGAUGUGCUGAAGAAAAAUUUGAGCAGGUGCUUGAUGUUCUUGAAAAUGCACCCAAUGUAACUAGAGUUCUCCAGAGUUUCAUGUUAGCUUCAAAUACCAUAGUCAAUAGUCAUCUAUCACAACAUCAAAAGUUGCUAGAAGAAAUCGAAGGGUUUAUCCGAGAACUGAAUAAUGAAAUAAGUUGA